UUACCAUGACAACCCCAGAUGCUCCUUUUUGGCCCAGAUCAGAUGACCACCCACUCCUCCUUCUCCCCCCCACCCCCAUUCAGGCCAUGAUCUUUCCUAGAGACUGUCCCUGGCCCAUGCAAUGCCUGGCACUGAGCCGAUGCACAGCGUGUGGCAAAUGAGGCUGGAACUGUGAUUCCAGAACUUACCUGGGGUCCUGGAGAACUGGGCUCCAUCCCUGCCUCUGCCGGAACCCCGCUCAACCAGUCAAACUAAACCCUCCACGGCUGGCUCUAGGCUGCAUGAUGCACAUUUCUGGGUGCCCAGCUUCAACUGCCGGAGCCCUGGUUUAUAGAAAGUCUGAGCACAGUGCUGGGAAACUUAUUUUGGGAGCCUGGUUGACAGUUAUGGAUAAAACUCCUACUUGGAGACCUGGAUCCUUGACAGGGAACUCUGAGCUGUGUUUUUCCUUUGGAGUCAUAGCAGAUAUUCAGUAUGCUGAUCUAGAGGAUGGUUAUAACUUCUGGGGGUCCCGGAGGAGAUACUACAGACACAGCCUUAACCUUCUGCAGAGCGCAAUUGAUGAGUGGAAUAAGGAAGACAGUCAACUUGAGUUUGUACUGCAGCUUGGGGAUAUUAUUGAUGGUUUUAAUGCCCAACAUAAAACAUCAGAAAGUGCUCUGAGAAGAGUUAUGAACAAGUUUAAAAAGCUUAGAAUCCCAAUUCAUCACACAUGGGGAAAUCAUGAAUUGUACAACUUUACUAGAGACUAUUUAACACAAUCUGAACUUAACAGCAAGUCUUUAGAAAACCAGAUCUUCCUUGGUUCUGCUGCCAGUGGCCAGGACUCUCCUGGAGCCACUGCUGAAGAACAUUACUAUGCUUAUCAUUUUAGCCCAGUCCCAAAAUUUCGGUUCAUUUUACUUGAUGCUUAUGAUUUAAGUAUCCUUGGGAGGGAUAAAUCCACCCAAAAAUAUCAGGAUUCUUUGAAGCUGCUGAAGGAGAAAAACCCAAAUGAGAAUCUGAAUAGUCCCACAGGUAUUGCACUGCCUGUGAAAGGACUUGCUGAACCACAGUUUGUAGAGUUCAAUGGAGGAUUUAGCAAAGCACAGCUGGAUUGGUUCAAUGAGGUUCUUACAUUCUCUGACACUAAUCAAGAGAAAGUCGUGGUUGUGAGUCACAUUCCGGUUCAUCCAGGUUCUACAGAGAGUGUUUGCCUUGCUUGGAAUUAUAAAGAUGCCCUUUCUGUCAUCCAUUCUCAUCAGUGUGUGGUGUGCUUUCUCGCAGGGCACCUCCAUGAUGGUGGUUAUUAUUUAGAUUCUCAUGGAGUCCACCAUCUUACUUUGGAAGGGAUUGUUGAAACUCCACCAGAGAGCCAUGCCUUUGGAACGAUACACGUCUAUGAUGAUAAACUGGUAUUAAAGGGAAGAGGUAGAAUUCCAGACAAAGUAAUGUAUUACACAGGAUAGUUGUAAAUACAAUUGUGCAUGAUCCAGACAGUGCUCCAGAAAUUAGUUAGUUUAAUAAAUAACAGCUGACCAUUGCA